AUGCCGGUCUUCGGAGGAGGUUCGAAGCUCGGUGUAUUCUCGUCGGUGCUAGGGAAGCACACGACCUAUCGUUCUGAGCGUACCAAAUUCGAUGCUACUGAAGACUUCUCUUACACCGAGUGCAAGUUGCUCAACAAAAAAGGGCUACUCGUGCUAAUCAAAGUCGACUCUUCAACGCAAGAGCUCAUCCUGGCUGCUGGGAGAGACAGAGUCUUCAUCCCGGUAUUUGACGUGCUCGGUGCGAAGAAGGUUGAGAAUGAGGACGGGAAGGCUGGAAGCUUCCGGUUGGAUUUUUGGGUGUGCCCUCAGCAGUACCUCGAGCCCUCUGUGAGGGAACUAAAGCAAGUUCGAUUGGCGUUCGAGAGCGACGAGGCUCGCACUGAAUGGUACGAGACUUUGAGAGCAAAGCAAGCGGCUGGGAAGGUCUUGGUUUUUGUUAAUCCUUAUGGGGGAAAAAGGAUCGCGAGAGAGCUCUUCCGCAAGUUCUUAAAGCCGAUGUUUGCGAUCGCCGAUGUCGAGUAUGAUAAAGUAGAGACGACUCACCGAAUGCACAUAGAAGAAGAUUGCGAGCGUUUGAAUGUCGACCGCUACAGAAUGGUCAUUGUUAUUGGUGGCGACGGUACCGUCGAUGAGGCUGUCAAUGGUCUAUCUAGGAAUCCAGAUCCACGGGCUAGGUUCGUGCCUGUGGGUCAGCUGCCUGGCGGCACUGCUAAUGCUCUGGCUGAAGUCCGCGGCGUUGCGAACCCCCUCACGGCAUCGUUUUACUCUGCAAAAGGAUCGUAUCGACCACUUGACGUGAUGAAGGUUGUUAAUGAGACUGGGACCAUCGAUAUCAUUGCAACGUGCAUGGUGUCCCUCGGUUUUAUCUCUUUCGUGAAUAUGAAGGCUCGUGGGUGGAGGGAUCUCCUGGGAACUGCCAGAUAUGGUGUAUGCGGCGCUCGCAGUGUUAUCUGUGCCAAGGUGACGGAUUACGAAGCUGAUAUCAAAACCGUUCAUAAUCUGGAUGAUAUGAAUAGCCCAUCACCUUGUAAGGGCUCGAGCCUGGUGGAAGAUUCUAGAAGGAGUGGCGAUAGCAAUACGACUUCGGGAAAAUUGAGCACGACUGACGACGUUGAUGUCGAUUUCACUGGUAGUGGCAGUGUGACGAAGACUAGGAGCGACAAGGGAAGCUACGAUAUCGUCAGUCCUGAGCUCUUCCGAGAUGUUCAUAAUAAACACAUCUAUCCUCCGCCCAAGAAUUUUGCCCCUUGUUCCGUCGGUGACGAGCUGAAGCGGAGCGAGAGUAUGUUCCUGACUACAAAUCGCAACAAGGUUCAGCUACUACACUAUUUUUCACUGAUUGGUUUACAUAAAUCGGCAACGGCUCUAAAGGAUGCUACGGGGCAUCGUCCCACUUUUGAUAUUGAGCAUGGCGUACAGCGAGUGGAGUUGAAGCCUAAGGGGAAGAUUGCUGAUAAACAUAAGAUUGCGUAUAGCAUUGUGCCUUGUGCAUCUGAAGUGUCGCGGCUCCGUACGGACUGCGUAUGA